AUGGCGACCGUCGAGUUCCCCUCCCCAGUCGGUGGGGCGUCCCUUCCUCCAGACUUUGCGCCGUCUAUCCUAUUCGCUGUUUUGUAUGGACUUCUUGUCCCCCUCACGGCGUAUCGUCUCUACGAUAGGCGGUCAAGAACAGUCCUUCUACUAGGGACGAUCAUCUUCUCAACUGAGCGGAUCGUUAUAUUCUCCAUCCGAGCAGCGCAAGCCAGAAACGAAACGAUGAGACAGUCAGGAAACUUGGCAAACUACAUGCAACUCAGUUUUGCACAAGGUUACAUAGGAAUUGCGAACGAUCUCGUCAACCUCAUCCGCUGCCUGCUGGUGAAUGCCAGCUAUGGGCCAGAGCGCUAUCCGGAAUCAAGUGCGGCAUCCACCAAGGGAUGUGACCUCCCCCCGCCCAAGGAAACCGAUGUCGAUAAUCCACGGCAGCGCUUCUGGAUUCGUCGAUUCGCUGACUUCUCGGGACUAUCUUUUCUCGCUGCCACUGUUCCCAACAUCCUUGCCCACAGUGUCUACAAGAAGACAUUCACAGACCAGGCGGUUGCGGACAAGACAUAUAAACUCAGAUAUGCGAGUGCCGCAGUCGAACUUGCCCUAGCACAUGGGGUCCUCAUGGGCGCAGCGGGGUGGUCUAUUUGGAAACAGCCACGAGCAGGAAGGCGUGGCCUACUCCUUGUCGUUACGGUGGCGUUACUCACUUGUGGAAUCGGAAUAUACCGACUGGCAGUCAUGUUAAACCGCACAGUGGCGUUAGACUCGACCGCAGAGGGGUCACAGAACUCGACAGGAUCUAAAGCGGGGUUCUACAUCGCCCAUGUAUCACUAGAGUGGCUUGCGUGUGCCUUGUUGCUAGGUGUCAAUACCCGCAAGCUGUGCGGAACCGGGAUGUGGGGGGACUGGCGCUUCCGCGACGAGACACCGCAGGAGAAGCAGUUCCGGGAGAAACGCGCUCAAAGACGAGCUGAACGCAAGCGUAUUCGAAGUGAAAAAGCGGGUCACAGCACGCACGUUGUCGACAGAAGCCCUGCCUAG